CAUUGCGUUCUUUUAUCUCUGAGGCAGCAUGGCAAGCCCGGCUGCGCGCCGUCACUCGCAAGGGCUCCCGCUACAUCAAACCCAAGUUUGACCUCGUAUGGGUCAUCCUGACACUCAUGUGCGAGUCUCUCUUCGACCUAUAAUCGAUGGCCGUCUUACCGCCAUAUUAUAGCACUUCUUUUGCGCUCCCGAUUGCCAUGUACUACGUUGCUCUCCACGUGCUGCCAACCGAGAACGAUAACGUCGAGUUCGACUACUUCCCCUACGGGUGGGACGAAGCAGGGCGCGUAUGGAAAGCGCGCGGAAUCAGCAUGGCCGUCUUCAUCGGCGUCGUGCUCGUCAUGUGGCUGCCGAUGCUCCUCUGGAAGCUCAGCGGCAAGCGCAAAGUGAACAAGAUGCUGCAGCGAUUUGAGAACGAGGACCGCGCGGUCAGGCCCAACCUGACGAUCACCGUACCCGGAGGGGCAGUUCCUACCUCCUUCCAGACCGGCGCGCAACUGCCUCCAUAUAUGAUCAACCCUCCCACCGAUCCUGCCGCGGCAGCGUACGGCUACGGGCAAGCCCCUCCCACCUUCAACGGCCCGGGAUACGGUGUGCCGCUGUACAACCAGUUCGACGAGAAGGUCCCAGAGUACGUGGGCCCGGCGCCGGGCCUCUACACGCUUUCGGACGAAAAGCACGACUUCGAUUUGUCUGGACAGUCUGUUCGUUUGUUUGGUUUGUUUUACGAGCAUAGCUUAUAGCACUGUGCAUUGUCUGUAUCAUACAUCAUAGACCAGCUCAGAGGUCAUGCAGGAAUAUGUUGGCAAUGAUCAUGAGUGCUUGAGAUACGGCCACCGCGCCACGACGAGGGAGGGAGGGAGCGCGUAGAUCGCGUUCGACUCGGAUGACGCGCGUCCGUCAAGACACCUAUACUUGUCCAUCACCUCGAAUACAUC